AUGCAACGCCUUUAUUACAAGAAUCAAAUCAUAAAAAACAUAAACAUCACAUUUGGCGACGAGUUGAUUAUUAUUUACAAUGACAACAGGAAGGAAGCAAUGUUUUUGCGUUGUGCAGGUGUAGAGGUUUUUGAAAUUUACUGCUCUCUUCCUAAUCCGCCUCCAUCCCAACCCCCUAUAUCGUCUUAUAAAACUGCUGAGCAGAAAUUGAACACUCAUUUCGUGCCUAAAAUUAGCACAGAAUUUGAAAUAUUUAAUUUUCGACAAGCUAAACAGAUGAUGUCAGAGUCUAUUGAAGAAUAUAAUGCUAGGCUAUUGAAAUUGAGUACUAAUUGUAACUUUAACGACAAGAACAAAGAGAAUAAAUCUCAGAUAAUUCAAUGUACUACACCUUCAAGAUUGAGGAAUCAAAACUCUUCGACUUAUGAACCAGAAGAUGAUGACUAUGCCUCACUUUUCCCUCAAGAAAGUCAAAGUUCCCACGACGACGAAGAUGACAAUGCACAUGAAGAUCCCAACACCAGCCUGAAUGAAAAACACAACGAAAACCAAAAAUCUACCACCUCUAGUACAGAUGUCGACAUAGCCUCUAACGAAAUGACCGCUGAUCGAAGACCUCAACGUAAUCGGAAGAAGCCCAGUCACUUAGAAGAUUACGCUACAGAUUUUAAUUCUGAUUAA